AUGGAACCAUAUAAUAUUCAGAACCAUGUCGUGAUGGAAAGCACCCUUCCAGGAUCUCAAGAAAUAGCCCGCGAGGCUCCCGAUUUGUCGAAACUGUCGAAAGUCAAGCCAAAACGAAUCACUAACGAAGCGAGGAACCUCUUACUCGACAUAUUUUAUACCAAAAAUGUAACUAACCCUACACGACUGCAGAGGGAAGAGUUGAUCCAACAAGUACAAGCUCUGCCCAAAUGCGAACACUUUUGCAUGAAAAAUCUGGACAAGUGGUUUCAGUAUCAACGACAGAAACAAAAGAAGAGAAAGAACACGGAUGAUCCUGCCGCGACAAGUUCUUUAUCCGCCGAAGCCAUCGCAUCUUUGAAGACUUUACACCAAGGAACACCACAACCUUCGCUGGAAAUCAUUAAUUUAUGGGUAGAUUUCAUUCACACAAAAUAUCAAGCGCGUCCUGAAGAUGUCCGAACGUGGUUGGAUAAUCAGAGGCGCCAAAUGGACGAAUUGAGCCUGUUAACUCCGGCCUUCUCCCACUCACCUUCACCUACGGCUACCUUUCAUGCCCAGUUGCCUUCUCCAAUUGAUACGAAUGACCUGCGGUCCUGGGACGCUACCCAAACUCCCGACUCCUCGCAUGCGGCCCCAAUAAUGUCGAACCCAUACUUAUACUCAUUGCAUCUGAACCGUGAACCAUCCACUACGCGGAAUACAGUACACUUUAGCUCCGAGGAACGAACCUUCCUACCAACACCGACACCAGUGCCUGAGAUGAGCCAAGAGGUUGACCCUAGUCACUUUAUGUCCACGACGCCCACAUGCGUUCCCGCCUUGAAAUUGCAGCCGCUUCCAGACCCCAUCAGAACGGAAUUACUCCUCGCAAUCCACGAAGGCUUCACCUCGUUCAAAUCCCCUCCGCGUCCGAAGACUCGGGAAGGUCUGGCAACCGAGCUCGCGCCAUACCAAAAGUUGAUGAACGACUUUCUGUCCCAGGUCAACGACGGAUUGUUCACCAAGUGGGGCUUUCAGCCGGAGGGGGUGGUCGGGAGGCAGAGAUGA